AUGAAAAAUUUCCGUUGCCGGGACUUGAACCCGGGUCUCUCGGGUGAGAGCCGAUGUGAUAUGAUUGUACAUGUUGGAGGUAGAAGGACCCAUGGGAGGUAUCUCUUGUUGAGGCAGAGAGUUGAGUUUCCUGGGGAUAAGCCUGGUCGUUUGGAGGAACCAGGUUUACAACCGCUCAGUCCGAAUGAAGUAAGGAAGGAUCUGAAUCAGCAGUCAAAGCUUGCAGUGAGAGAGAACCGGCAAAACCAUGGAGUCUCUCGUGUUCAAUUGCUUGAUGAUAAUGCUAAGGGUGAUAGAAAGGUAGGAAAUGAGUUGAUUGAUCUAAAUGCCAAGCCACAACGGGUGCAGGUGCAAGCUUCAAUCAAUCAGAAGCAAGCCAUGGAUGUUUCGAGUGGCAAUAAUCAUGACUCUACAAGUGUGGUCCCUGUUGGAUGCUUCAAACGAGAGCCUGAAAAAUGA